GGAAAACCGAGACAGACAGGCAGGCAAAGACAACAGGGGGGAACAGAGAGGCAGGCAGGCAGAGAGACAGCAUGGCGGAACAGAGCGACACACAGAUGCAAAACACAAGACCAUACAUUAAUUGGAACUCAAAGUAUUUAGUGGACAAGCAGGCAGAGGAAUUACUGGGGGAACAGACACAAGCAAACAGAUCACAAAUAAACUAACACCAACAAGGAACACUGACCGGGAGUAACACUAAGACAAGAAACCAAAACCCUGAGAAACCAAAAUCAAAACACAGAGUAAACUAGACACAAGACAACAGACAGGACUGAAACCCAAAACACUGACUAAAUGACAGAUACCUAACUGAUAAAAGAAUAAACUCACAGAGAACUAAACAGAACAGAUGACAGGACUAACAUGCAGAUAAAAAAUCAAACCCAAAAACAUAGCACACAGGACAGGAUCAUGACAAGGGCAGAUAAUACUGUAGAUAAAUCACCACUCAGUGGUGAUUCCUUUAAGAUCUGCACAAUAUCACUCAAGUUAUAGGCUAUAGCCAAAUAUUAACUGAAGUAGUUUCCAGAUAACAAGGCCAUUUUCAAGGUAGCCUAAUCCUAUUAAUAGCACGAACGUGGUUUGUUUAUUUUUGUCAAAGCACAUCUGUUGCUACAUGACGGUUGACCUCCAGAGCAAAGCAAACCUAUCUCAUCACAGACAUCCGGCUGAAAUGGUCUCUCCAUCACCCAUCUUCACUUGAAUUCUAGAGAGUUCUGAACGUCGACUGUCACAGCCUGUCAUCUAAAGAUUAGGAGCAUCUGUCUGUCCAACUCCAAACAACCGAUAACUGACAGAUCUGAACACCUAAGAACGGGCAACCGGAGAGAGAUCCAUAUAUAUAUAUAUAAAUACAGUUUAAUUACAAGCAAACGCUGUUAAAACACAGAGCAGAAAUGACGGCCCUAACCAGCUGGGAGCUGUGCAUCAAGUACGCCUUUAUCAUCUUUAAUUUCGUCUUAUCGGUGGCAGGUACUGGAAUGCUGCUUGUGGGCCUUUGGCUGCGUCUUGACUGCAGGACAGCAGGGCUGUUUAAAGCAGAGGACUCCCCUACAGUCUUCUUAACUAGUGUGUAUUUCCUAAUUGUGUCAGGGGCUGUAAUAAUGGUCGUGGGCUUUCUCGGAUGCUGCGGAGCCAUUAAAGAGUCGCCGUGCAUGCUGGGAUUGUUCUUCCUCUUCCUGCUCAUCAUCUUUUCUUUGGAAGUGUCUGCUGGGAUCUGGGGCUUCUCCAACAAGGACAGGGUGGUGGAGGAUGUUAAGAAAUUCUAUAAGGAGAUUUACAAUAACUACCAAACCACCAAACAGGAAGCACUGAAGGAAACCCUGUUUGUCAUCCACUUUGGACUCAACUGCUGCGAGCCCACAGGGAUGCAGAAAGAUGCUGUUGAAGAUACCUGCCCCAAGAAGACGGGACUGGAGAGCUGUCCGGACGCCAUCGCCGAGAUGUUCAACAACAAACUGCACAUCAUCUGCGGGGUCAGCAUCGGUAUCGGUGUAAUCAUGAUCUUUGGGAUGGUCUUCAGCAUUAUGCUCUGCUGCGCCAUUGUGAGGUCCAGGGACUGAACAAACACAAAACCUUGUCCAUCCAUCUUUAGCUUAAGUGUGCUCACUUUUAAAUCCUCUGCUUUAGAGUUUAAAUCAUUUUAAUAAUCGUAACGGGCAUCAGUUAGUUUGGAGGAUGGUCGUGUUGAUCAGUCCUAUUAACUUAGUUUUUUCUUUUUAUCACCUCCUUAUUGUUGGAUAACACCGACUGCAGUUUAUGUAAAAUGUGUUAAAAGUUUGCCUUUUUUACUGUGACUUAUUUUUUAAAUUUUGUUUACAUGUUAGAAGUUUUUGAUUUUUAUGAAAGAUGGACUGGACUUUCAUGUAAAUAUUUUGAUCAGUGCAAAAAAUGGUAGUCAAAUCGUUUCUGGAUUGACUGUAGAGACAAAGUACACUGGUGUCUUGACUCUGAUUAUUUUGACCCAAUGAUUGCUUUUGACUUACAGGCAAAUUUGAAAGUUAAUUGUAGGUUGUAUCAGCGCAGAAAAAGAAGAUAACAAGGUCAAGUCACUUUCAUUUGUAUGGCCCAAAUUCCAAGUCAGUUCUCUGUCUGAAAAUCUUAUUAAAGGGCCUAUAUGUAGAUUUCAGUGGCCACAAGUGGUUUUUAGAUUGCAACCAGGUGACUGACACACCAGUUUUCAGUUAUUCAUGCUCGUUGCAUGAUAAAGUUACACCGACUGCAUUUAGCCGACAUGAUACAUCAGCGUUAGCUCGCCUGUCUGCUUUUCAGUAACUAUUUUCUAUCUUUCACCAGAGGCUCAGCAAUGUGAGCAAAGCUUAAUAUAGGAUAACGAAAACAGUUAGUCGAGGGCGGUCAGAGGAGAAAAGGAGAAGGGAGGCAGGGAGAGACGUUUUAUUCAAUUAAAUUUUAUAAUGUAUUAUUUACAUUUUUUCUGCUUCAUUUAGUUAUUUAUUUUUUCUUGCUGUUGUUUUUCUUUUUCUUCUUCUUAAUCCCCCCCCUUUUUUCCCCAAAGCAUUUAAUCUCUAUACUUCCCAACUCAGUUUCCCCCACACCACCUCCCAUUUUCUACCUCUUGCACAUAUACACACACAGCUGCAGAUCUGUGCCUAUGAUAUGUUAGCUGGUUGUCCCCCUGCCUUGCAUCACUACAGCCUAGUAUAAGCAAAUCGGUGCACAUUUGUUUUUUAAUGUUAAAAUUUUUUUGCAGGCUAAAAUCAACACUUUCACAUAAUACUGGAGGUACAAAGGACAGUCAAAUGGAUCGCAUUAGCUGGUGAAGUAAUGUGGAAAGCCAUACAAAUGCAGUAUUUUGCAACAAAUAACGUUACUAACUGGUCGCCGUUAGCCAGCAAGCAAACAUUAUCAAACUUCAGCCAACUAAAGCACAAAAUCACAAUAUGUUUCAAAGGCUUUGUUAGUUUACCUGCCCAAUAGGAUGAAAGCCAACUCUGUUGGUUUUGUCAGUUCCAAAAUAAAGUGGAGGCCUCUUUGUGAUUCCAGCCUUUCUGAUUUUGACUGUUUUCACCUGAAGGCAUCUGAUUCUCAUUUGUCCUGGGACUCUAGCACAUAAAACUUUGUUGCUGGUUUUUAUCCUUAUGUGGAGUUUGUGUUGGAGUCUAUGUUGUGCUGGGACAUGGUUGUUUUAUGGCGUUAGUGGACUCCACGUUCUUAGCUAUGGUGUUGUCGGUGUGUGCAUGGCUCAGAAUCAGAAGGCAAGAGGUUCAGGAGCAUGCAUGCACACAACAACCAAUGGAUGUCCCAGAAAAUCUUCACAUAGGAUUAGACUUGCUGAGAGCUCAGAGGUACCAGAAAAACCUGGUAAGUGGAAUUUUUAUGUGAGGUUUACAUAUAGCCCCUUUAAUGUUCAAAAGAUGUGUUAAAUUAAUAACAUACUUCAAUAAAAUGGAAAUGAAAAGCUUAUGCUGACCAACUUUUCUUUGCCAACUACCUUGGUGACCAUAAAUUGGCUGGUUCUAGACAUAGGGCUGUACGAUUAAAAAAAGCUCCUUCGUUACGGAAUGGAUAUCUCAAACCGGAACAUAGCCUUAAAGUUGUUCAUCAUAGCUCUUGUGAAAUCCCCAUUGGGCCUCAGAAAAUGUAAAAACUUUCAUCAUCUUGAACAGUGUGCUUUACCAAAUUGGUAUUUACUGCAGGCCUGUCAUAUUCUGUGACUGUGACUAUUCUGUAUUUUGUCCACUCCCUGUAUGUUGAGAGGAUAUCACGGAGAUCAGUUACAUACGAGAUACAGCGAUUACUUCUGGUUGUAGAGGAGUGUCAAAACAAAAAACAUUCAACUUUCUGGCUUUAUAAAAAAAACCCUAGAUAUUUUUUUUUUUUCCAAGAAUGACAACUCAGAAACAGUUUUCAUGCAUAGCAUGCUAUUCCCAUGCCAAGUGAUGAAUAAUAGAAUCACUGAGGAGAAUAAUAACAUUACCACCCACUGUAUUUGUGUGUGUAUGUGUUGUGUUGCUGUUAAAUAUACAGUACACAACAUAACUAGAAAUCAUCUGCGUUACUGUUUUAACUUGAAUACAUCUAUAGUAAAUAAAAUGUUAACUGUUUAAAUCUAUCAGCAUAUGUGCAAUGACCGCUUAUAAGGUGCAACAACUCGACAGUCAGUGCAUGAUAAUUGGAGAAUGUUUUCAGCUGAUAAAAUCAUGAAUACAGAAAAAGGCUGUAGGCACAGUGUUGUAAAGACAUGCAGUUUUCAGCCUUGCUAAAUAAAUACAUGCAAAACACAUAUGAGCCAAAGUAAACAUGAAUGACAAAGUGCAGCUUAGAUUAUAAAUUAAGCCAAGUCUGUCAACAUAGAGCUGAAAAGCUGAGUCCUACCUUUACAUUUUUGAAGCACAAGUGGUGAAAACAUUUCUCUCUGUUAUUGUUGCAACCAUCCAUGCUCAAGAACCCCAUGCUUUUCCUCUAGCGCCACCAUGAGGUUAAAAUUUGUGAUUUCUUUUUUGUGAAUGUAUGAAGUUUGAUUACAGUGCAAUUUGAUACA